GACUGCUGUGUCUGUACAUGUAAAUGACAAGAGAGGGAAUAUUGUGUGUAUAUUCAGAUCUAAGGAUAAGGGAUAAACUAAUGCUUAUAUUCCAGUCUCUGUUGUAAAUCCAUGUUUGAAAAUGACUACAGUUACACGCUCUUCAUCGGCUAAUCUUGGUGCUAGUCAAAAGUUGGCUGUGAAGAAAGGUGAUGCAAUGAUGUCGAGUAAAGGUAUUUCCAACCGAAGCAAUCGGUCUGCUUUAGGAGACAUAGGAAAUAAAGUUUCUAAUAUGACUAUUGACCCAACGAAAAAAGCAUUAGGCCUACCUGUAAUCAAAAAGGAGAUAAUUCAGAAAUCCAAGUUUACAAGAAGUAAGACUACCGUUUCGGAAUCGGAUAUCUUGUUACAGGAGAAAGAGUCUGCUGUUGUAGUAGAGCUUAUACCAUCUUUAAAGAUGCCAUCUGAACCAAUUGUGUCGACUGUUGAUCUUAUGGACAUUAGUGAAGACAAACCAGACGCCUUCUCCAAAGUUUUAUUAACAGUUGAAGAUAUUGACGCCAACGACAAAGAUAACCCCCAACUUGUCAGUGACUAUGUCAAUGAUAUUUACCAUUACAUGAGACAUUUAGAGGAAACGUUUGCCGUAAAAGCUAACUUUCUUGAAGGACAAGAAGUAACUGGUAAAAUGAGAUCAAUCUUGAUUGAUUGGUUAUGCCAAGUUCAUCACAGAUUCCAUCUAUUACAAGAAACUUUAUAUUUAACGGUUUCUAUAAUAGACAGGUUUUUGCAGGUUCAUCCGAUUUCUAGAAAUAAGUUGCAGUUAGUUGGGGUUACCUCAAUGCUGCUUGCUUCAAAAUAUGAAGAAAUGUACGCCCCCGAAGUGGCGGAUUUUGUGUACAUAACGGACAAUGCUUAUACCAAAGCCGAUAUUAGGACUAUGGAACAAACAAUAUUAAAAACACUAGAUUUUAGUUUUGGAAAGCCAUUGUGUUUACAUUUUUUACGAAGGAAUUCUAAAGCUGGUCAGGUUGAUGCAACCAAACAUACACUUGCCAAGUAUUUAAUGGAACUUACCAUUAUAGAGUAUGAUAUGGUGCAUUGUAAUCCAUCUAUUAUAGCUGCUGCAGCUUUAUGUUUAUCUAUGAAGGUGCUAGAUGAUUCACAAUGGUCUGAAACCUUAGCUCAUUACAGUAACUACUCGGAAAAAGAGAUUUAUCCAGUAAUGCAGAAAUUAGCUCAGUUGGUGGUUAAAGCAGAAACUAGUAAAUUAACGGCUGUAAAGAUAAAAUAUUCCAGUUCAAGGUUUAUGAAAAUCAGUUCCAUUCCAGAAUUGAAAUCUAAUGCUAUAACGGAUCUCGUAUUAUAGUGAAUGUAGUGUAAUUGUUUAUUGACAAUUUUAUAUAGUUGAGUGUUGGAAGAAUGCCAGAAUUCAUAUUUGUAUCAAGUGGUCAGAAUGCAAACAAUGUCUUUCAUAUGUAUUUUUAUAUUGUAUUGUGUUUUAUUUGUUGGUAUAUGUGAAUGAAAACAAGCACGAUUUUUAUUUGUAUGAAUGUUUUAAUCAAUGCCUUUCCAAAUGUUUUUUAUAGUGAAAUACUGUACUAAUUAUGUAAGAUUGUUUUAAAAUGGCGUUUUUGUUUUUAAAUGUCGACGGACUUGUAUAAAUAACACUGUGGAUGUUUUUCGAAGUCCAGGAACAUACAGAAUUGCAAUGAAUGACGAAUCAAGUCCUGUCACAUGACCUUAUCACUGGGGUCUUGUCUCAUUCGUGGGAUUGGAAAUCAAUUCUGAAACAUUUCAAUGAAGUAUCCCCUAGGUGUUAGGGAAAUUGUAAGCACUGCAGAAUCAUGUACAGUUUUAAUAAUACUAAUUGACAUGUACAGGGUUAAAACAGACCAAAAGAAAUGACUGUGAUUUUUAUCUUAUUCCAUUGUACAUCUGUAAAUAUUCAUGAAUAAACUGUUAAGUUAUUACAACUUUGUCCCAUUCAUUUAAAGCCGUCUUCCACGAAUAUUUGUAUUGGUAUUUACAGAAUAAAUACUUUUCAAAUUA